GCACCAGCGUCGUCGGCCUUUCCAAAACUGCCCGUCCGAUGUGAGUGUCAGUGGGCGCACAGCGGGCUCCUCGAUUCGGCGCUGGGGAGUAGCACGCACAGCAUGCGCGGCCAGCCGGAUUGUGACACCACUGAUCUGCUGCUGCCGACCACGCAUCUGCUGGGAUGUUUUGCCGCUAACGCCACAUGCUUAUACACAAGUUCGUGGUACCGAUCACUUUAACGCUGCUCGUCAGUCUUGUAAUGGUGAAGUGCCAGGAUUUCAACUUGACCAACAAUCUCAAAAAACUGCGCUCUUACGACAAAGGCAGCUCCAUCCGGAUCGAGUACGUUCUCUACAACCGGUGCAGCCGUGGCAACAUCCAUAUCAAGGGCAAGAAAGUGACCGCCACCCCGGGAAAUUCUUUCAGCAAACUGGUGCUGUCGUCGGUCGGCAUGGGUUCCGAGCUCACCAUUGGCUCCAACAGCACCUUCCUGUGUUUCAACAAGGGCGGCAGGCUCGUCAACAAGAGGCGGAUGAGCCGGCGCAAAGGCCUGUGCGAGUUCCGCGAGAUCAUGCGAGACAACUACUCCACCUUCCAGUCGGUGUACAACGGCAACUGGUACAUCGGCUUCAACAGCAAGGGCAAGCCGGUGCGUGGCCGCAAGGUGCCCCCGCACAGGUGGUUCCAAUUCAUGUUCCUCAAGCGCGGGAACGAGGACAUCCCGCGGUCGCCCUUCGCCAACGUGUCCCAGGCUGAGUGGCUCAAGGUGUUGAACGACACCAGCACCAACAAGAGCUGACGCCACCAGGCCGCGCCACGGUUCCCCUUCUGGUCCACGCCGCUCUCUCCGGCCUGAACUCGGACAAAGCCAUCAUCAACCUGUACAUACGCAUCCCUCCGUCAGUCUCCAAUGGUCCUUGCGUGUCGAGUCUGAUUGUUUUGUUGUUUACACUAGCAUUUUUUUCCUUUAUUAUAACGGCGCUGAUGAAUUAAGCGCGCGCUGUGUGUCUGCUGCGUUCCCCGCACCUGCAGCUGCACGUAAUCCCGCGAGCGGCGUCGUCACUCGGCCUCUCUGGACGAGACUGCGUUCUCCCUUGGCCUAGUUGAUGUGACCCGCCACG